AAAAAAAAUCAUCACGGCCUGCAUUUCUUACUUGCAUCCGUUUCUUUCUUUCUCCUCCCGUGUUCUCAACCCGGUCGCUUCCUUUCGACCAAGCGCGCCCGCCUGCCAAUCCUCCCUCCGGGGUGCUCCGUUUCCUUGCCCGUUCUUCAUUCUUCUCCCCUCAGUUUGCUUUGGACCUUCGCCGGGCCCCGGUUUUGAGUCGCUUGCUCCCACAGCCGCCGCCCGAGAAAAACCCCCUUGGCUUCCAUCGUGCCCGAUCGUCGCCGUCACGCGCGCCCUGCCUUCGCCUGUCCCGUCGCUGGCUCAUCCACUGCCGCCCUUGAGAAGUGACUGUGGAAAGAAGUCUGUGACUCGAUCCUGAAUCAUCGCCCCCGCGACCCAUCGCCAAAGACGGACGGCCCUUCUUUGUUCGUCUUUGCGCCCCCAAGCCAACCUCGGUCAAAGGCACGAUUACAUAGGCAAUAGCCCCAGCUGCACGAACCAAACAGCAGUCCACCACGCUCAAAACUCCUGGACUACAGCCAACUCCAAAGCCGGCCGGAAAAAAACCCCAAAAGAAAGAACGAAGCCGCCCACCACGAUCCAUCCGCCGUCACCCUCGGUAGCCACACCCUGUCGUUGCGGUACCUGUGUCUUUGACUAGUCAUGGCUAUCUCACUUCAGUUUGCUACCCGGACCCUGAAGGACAUCCGUGUCUUCGACGCGGAGCCGGUCUAUGCCGACCUUCCGGGCUUCGAUAAGCCGACGGGCAACCUGCGGACUUGUGUCUACUCGCCGUGCGGUCGCUACUUUGCCUGGGCCUCUAACGAAAUCGUCAAGGUGACCGACACGGCGUCUGGCCAGGUCCUCCUGUCACUGGCCAUCCCCAACGUCUUCGAGCUCGGCUUUUCGCCACGAGGCACCUACUUCAGCACCUGGGAACGCCCAUCCAAGGACGAGGCGGGCGAUGCGACCAAGAACCUCAAGGUCUGGCGCACGGUCGAGGAUGUCGUCGAGGGUGCCGAGAGGCAGCCGCUGGGCCGCUUUGUCCAGAAGUCGCCCAACGGCUGGAACCUCCAGUACACUGCCGAUGAGAAGUUCUGCGCCCGCAUGGUGACCAACGAGGUUCAGUUCUUCGAGGCUCACGAUCUGGUCACCGUUUGGAACAAGCUUCGGGUUGAAGGAGUCGCAGAGUUUGCGCUGUCGCCUGGAAAGGCACAUGCGCUGGCGGUCUUUAUCCCAGAACGCAAGGGUCAACCCGCUGCCGUCAAGGUCUUCAAUGUCCCCAUGUUCAACGCCCCCGUCUCCCAGAAGACCUUCUUCAAGGGAGACAAGGUGCAGCUGAAGUGGAACGCGCUGGGCUCCAGCAUCCUGGUGCUGGCCCAGACGGAUGUCGACAAGUCGAACAAGAGCUACUAUGGAGAAACCAAUCUGUACCUACUCAGCGUCAACGGCACUUUCGACGCCCGCAUCGCCCUGGACAAGGAGGGGCCCAUCCACGACGUUUCCUGGUCUCCCAAUUCGAAAGAGUUUGGCGUGAUCUAUGGGUACAUGCCGGCCAAGACGACCAUCUUCAAUCAGCGCGCGGUUGCCACGCACUCGUUCCCCCUCGGCCCCCGGAACACCAUCAUAUUCUCGCCCACCGGCCGGUUCGCGCUGGUGGCCGGAUUCGGCAACUUGGCCGGGCAGAUCGACGUCUACGAUCUGGAAAGGGACCACCUUAAGCUCUGCACCAUCGAGAGCGGGAACCCGAGUGUCUGCCAGUGGAGCCCCGACAGCCGCUAUAUCAUGACGGCCACGACCUCGCCUCGCCUGCGUGUCGACAACGGAGUCAAGCUGUGGCACGUGGGUGGUAAGCUCAUGUACAGCGAGGACAUGGUCGAGCUGUAUAACGUCAUGUGGCGGCCGGUGCUUCCGGAGAGGAUCCCGACGGGCGACGCGCUGCAGCCCGUCCCCGACCCUCACUCUUCUGCCGCCACCUUCCUGAGCACGGUCAAGACCCCAUCCAAGCCCGCUGGCGCUUACCGGCCCCCUGGCGCACGGGGCACUACGACCCCGCUCCAUUUCAAGCGUGAGGACGAGGGAGGCGCGGCGCAUUUCGUUAGCAACGGAGUGUCGCAGCUCAACCUCAACGGAGGGGUGUUCGGGCGCCCGCGCAACCAGGUCCCGGGCGCCGAGUUCGCGUCUGUUCCCGGCGCAGCCCCAGCCUCGGUGCCUGGCGCGGAUCCGGCCGACGGAGAGGACGGCCUCUCCAAGGCAGCGUCCAAGAACAAGAAGAAGAGGGCGAACAAGAAGGCGAAGGAGGCCGAGGGCAAGCCCGGCGAGGGCGGUGCCAGCCUUUCGCUGCCGCCGCAUAACGGUAUGGAUGCCUCCAUGAACGGCGGGCGUAGCCCUGAGCGCACCCCGAGGGGCUUCGGGUCCGGCGGGCACUCGCGCAGCCAGUCACGCAGUAAUGCUGGUGGCGGCCGCAGCCGUAGCAACACUUACCGGCAGGGGAUGGGUGGCCCGGAGCCGCGGCAGCGCUCCGUGUCCCGGCAUCGGAACAAUCGGCUGCCGCCAGCUGUGCAGACCAGUCUCCAGGGCGGCGGGGCACCGCUUCCUUCACCCAUCUCAGAGACAGCCAACCCUCUUGCCAAGAAGCAGCGCGGGCUGCAGAAGAAAAUCCGGGCGAUCGAGGAGCUGGAGAUGCGUCUGGCGAGCGGCGAGAAGCUGGAGGACACGCAGAUGAAGAAGAUCGGGACCAAGGGCACCGUGCUCAAAGAGCUCGAAACUCUGGAGAAAGAGAUCGGCAGCCACUAAAUAGCUGCGAGCUCCCCAUAGCCUUGAUUCCUGGGUCUCUUGUCGUAUCUAGGGAGCCCGUCCCAGCGAUUCUGUUACUUGCGCGACAUCCGGGUAGCUACCUAUACAGUCAGAGCCGUAGAGACUGGUCAAACCAACAAAGAACCCCAUUCGACUGGAAUUGGCUCUGUUUUGGAUGGCAGUAAACCCAAGAAAUCAGGCCCUAUGAUGCUAUUCACAACUGCAGGCAUGUUAUCUGGAAAGGAAGGCUUCUACGAGUGCUGAGAAUAGGCUCGUCGAAAGCGAUGUUAGCAUAAUAAUUGACUUGUAUCUUUGCCA